UUGCACCCUCUCCUUUUCCUAUUUGUUCCGUUUCGCAACGAGGCAGACCUCAUCGAAGAGGGAGAGACUGCCGAGAGUGCUUUUGAAAGGCACUUGGAAGAGAACGAUGCACUCAACACACACUCUGAAAAGCUUCAACGGAUGUUGAUGGCUAGAGAGCAUGUGCAGAAGAUCAAUGAGGCCAGGAGAGCCCAACAAGAAGAUGCCGGCACAGACCCUAGCCCUGUUGAGGACGACGCCGGUCUUCAGGUGGCAGGUGAGGAAACGUCGGCCAUGAACAGCGUUCUCGACCUCCACCAGAACAAUGAGAGUGACGGACCUAGUCUGGAGGAACUAGUUCAGUCACUAGACACCGACCAGGCUAGGGUGUACAAACACGUGAAAUCUCUCCUCGAGCACCAGCUGACUCAAGAGAAAAAGCAGUGCAGUUGUACGGACCUCAAACCACUGCACAUGUUUGUCAGCGGGGUGGGAGGCACGGGCAAGUCUUUCCUGAUCAAGACUGUCCUCAUACAAUGUCCGUGGAGUCACCAUCCAUCGACUGCCAUUGAGCACGAGGGCAGAGGAGCUGGCUACUGGAAGCUAGCGAAAGACGCACUGAAGAUCAUGCGUGCGUCUCUGUCCAAGCUCAAACUGCUCAUCACAGACAAAGUGUCAAUGGUGUCCAGUUUGAACCUCGCAUACAUUCACCUCCGUCUCGAUGACAUCUUUGCCCGAGACGAGUGGUUUGGCGGGGUGAACGUUCUGUUUGUGGGAGACACCCUGCAACUCCCACCAGUGAAUGGAGCAGCUGUCUUUGAAAAGAUCAACAACAGAUCCUUUAACAACCAAGCUCGGUAG